AGGAUUCGAUGAUAUGAACACACAACAAUUUAUUGCUAAAUUUUAGAUUAUUUUUAUAUGGUCUUAUACUAUUAGAAAUUUAUAUUGAUUUUCUAUUUUUGUUUUGGUGAGAAAUACUUGUCAAGACGGCCUGAAAAAUUAAAUUAACCUAAAACUGUGAAUUUGGUUGAAGUUGUGAUAAUUUACAAAAAAAACAUCUAAACCAAAGAAUAACCAGUAGUUUUUAUGAUGGAUUAUGAACUUCCAACUGAAUUUGACAUAAUUAUUAUAGGCACAGGUGUUAUUGAGUCAAUAAUUUCAGCAGCAGCUAGCAGAAUUGGAAAACGAGUUUUACAUAUUGAUAGCAACAACUAUUACGGGGGGCUUUGGGCCUCAUUCAACUUGGACGCAAUCCAGAAGCUUGUCUCUUCAGAACCGCCCUCUAUUGAAGGACUCGGAAAUUCCUUCUUUAGUUUAAAAAAUUUUACAAUUGAAUGGCACAUUCCAGAGGAAACGCCCCCUGAAUCAAACGAGUGGUCACGCACGCGCCUCUUAAAAGAAUCGCGCAAAUUUAAUUUAGACCUCACCCCCAAACUCCAAUUUGCACGGGGGGAUUUUGUUGAGCUUCUCAUUUCGUCAAAUAUCGCGCGUUAUUCCGAGUACAGGAGCGUCAGCAGAGUCCUAACUUGGCUCAACGGCCAGUUGGAGACAGUCCCGUGCUCGCGUUCGGACGUCUUCGCCAAUAACAAAGUCACAGUGAUUGAAAAACGCAUGUUGAUGAAACUUUUCCUGGCUUUGGACAGCGGCGAUCAGGAAUAUCCUAAUUAUGAAAAUAAAAGCUUUCGGGCGUUUUUGAGCGAUAAAAAAUUGACCCCGAAUUUGAUUCAUUACGUUCUUUACGCAAUUGCAAUGAGUACCGACGAAACGCCCUGUUUGCAAGGAAUCCAAAACACGAAACGGUUUUUGGACAGCUUGGGCCGUUUUGGGAAAACCCCCUUCCUGUUUUCCAUGUAUGGAAGUGGGGAAAUCACUCAGGCCUUUUGCAGGUUGAGUGCCGUUUUCGGUGGAAUUUAUGCUUUGAGUCAACCUUUAAAAGGUCUCAUUUUAAACGGCGAUAAUUUUGAGGGCAUUACGUGUGGCAAACAGGAAAUCAAAGCUGAAUUUCUGGUCAUGGGGGCUGAAAAAGCCCCUCCAGAGUUCAUUAAACAACAUCCACAAUCGUACAUCGCGAGGGCUAUUUUAAUCACAGAUAAAUCAAUCAUGGACAGUGAGAAGGAACACCUGACCCUGCUUCUGUACCCUCCUGAAGGGGACAAAAAUUCAUGCGUGGUUAUUGAACUAGGAUGCUUAACAGGGACUUGUCCCAAGGACCUAUUUGUGGUACAUUUGGUUUCGAGACAAAUUGAGGGACCCCAAAUCGAUUUUAAACAUAUUAUUCAGAAUUUAUUUGGGUCAGAAAAGGCGAAAAUUUUAUGGUCUUGCUAUUUUUCAAUUCCUGAUUCAAAUGAUUUAGAUUUGAGGUGUGAAACACCGAAAAAUGUUUUGUUGUGUCCAGGACCGGAUAUAGACCUGGAUUAUGAUUACGCCGUCAAAAACGCUAAGACAAUUUUUAUGGACAUUUUUCCGGAUUGUGAGUUUUUGCCAAGGGCUCCUGACCCUGAAGAAAUCAUUAUUGAAGGUGAACCAACAGAAGAUCAAAGCAAUGUUGAUCUCAAGGCUGAAACUGUAAAACCAGAAGAAUAGAUCAAUUUUAUAUUUAUUCUUAACUUAAAAAUAAAGUAUAACAAAAAAUAUUUAACCCCAA